GCUCCACCGCGCGCGCGGGCGAUCCUCCGCCGUCCGUCUCCGCUCCUCGGAGAUCCGGCCUCAUCCGCGCGGGCGCGGCCUCCGCCUCGUCGUCUCCUCCCCCUUUCUUUAAUCUCCUGCACCCCCCCCCCCAAAUUGCAGUCUCCACGCCGCACUAAUCCCACCCCCCGUAAUCCCUUUUUCCCUGACGGCGACGACGACGACGAUGAACGGCCGUGGCGGCGACUCUCCAGCGCCGAAUUGCUGCGCCGGCGGUUCUUCUCCUUCCUCGUCGUCUUGGCGGUCGGCGUGGGCCUGGUCGUCGCUUUUGUAUUCGAUUUGACCGCUCCCACCUGGCGUGCUGGUUUGUGGUGCAACUGUUCAAGCUCUCGACUGUUUUGUCUCUGUUGGCUUCUUGGCGUUAUGGUGUCCAUUUGGGGGUUGGGAGUAUUGGAAUCCUGCUGCUUAUUCAGUUCUCCAAAUUUCUUCACUGGAACAAAUCUGUAAUCAAGACUAUCUGAUUUUUCGCUAACUUUAAACAUAGUGACUUGGUGGAUAAUUGAUGCUAGUAGGUGUUGUUGCAUUUGUGCUGUCUUUUUCAGUAGUUUAUGAAAGAGAUGUUUAAGGAAACUCAGAUAAUUCUGUGAAGAGGAUAGUGGUCAUGGAAGGUGUGGUAACCAGUACAGUUAGUGAGCCAAAACAAGACAAUGAGCAAAGGGAUUCUUCAGCAGAAUUUCCCAGAGCCUUGACUGACAUGGAGACUUCAGCCAUGCAUGAUCCUGAAGCUCAAAAUCUAAUUGGACAUGAAGCUGAUACUGAAUUAACGCCUUAUGAAGGAAUGGAAUUUGAGUCUGAAGAUGCUGCGAGGGAUUUCUACAGCAAGUAUGCAAGACAUGCAGGUUUUCGAAUUCGAAUCAGCAGGUACACUCGCUCUAGGCGUGAUAAUUCAAUAAUUUCUCGUCGUAUUGUAUGCUCAAAAGAGGGGUUUCAUGAAACUCGUGACUGUGAAAACCUUCAUGUGGACCAGAAACAGCAAGCAAGGGUAGGAACUAGAGUUGGUUGCAAGGCCAUGUUAAUGAUUAAAAAGUUUGGGCCUGACAAAUGGGUUGUUACCAAAUUCAUAAAAAACCAUAAUCAUGGACCAGUUCCACCAAGAAAACUUCAUGCUGGAGAACAUGAUUCUGAUCUAAAGGAAAAUCCACAUUCUAUUGAAGCGGUCCCUAUUGAUGAGCCAGUCGAGGGUAUGGAAUUUGAAUCUGAAGAAGCUGCUAAAUUGUUCUAUAUAAACUAUGCAAGGGUUAAUGGUUUUCGUGCACGAAUUAGCAGGUACUGCCGUUCAAGGCGUGAUAAUUCAAUCAUUUCACGCCAGAUCGUGUGUUCCAAGGAAGGCUUCCGUGAGGUUCGAGCCAGAAAAGAUAUUACAGAUGAAGGGAAAACAUCGAAGCGCCCUAGAAUGAUAACAAGAGUUGGAUGCAAAGCUAUGAUUGUAGUGAAAAAGAUGAACUCUGGAAAAUGGAUGGUUUCUAAAUUUGAGAAGGAGCAUAACCAUUCUUUGUUAUCUUCUAGAGCAGUCCCUAUUACAUCAACUUCUGGAAAAGUUGUUGAUAUUGCUGCAACGAGCACAGAUCCUAAUGAAGUAAAGGUCGAAGGAUAUAAAGUGGGAGUUCAAUGUAAUUCUACGGAUUCACUCACUGUCCUUUAUAACCAUCUAUGUCAGGAAGCCAUAAAAUUUGCAAAAGAAGGGUCAGUUACAGAAGAAAUUUACCAUGUGGCAAUGAAUGCUUUGAAAGAGGCUGCAAAGAAGGUUUCUGAAGUCAAAAGGAGUCAUCCGCUAAUGUCACAGGGUGGAUAUGCUAUUAAUAAAAGUAAACAUGAAGUUAUGCGAACAGAAAUUGUGAGUGCUUUACAGUGUUCGAAUGAGGACAACCAAAAAAAAAUGACACCACAGCUCGAGCUUUUUCAAGAGCCUAGUUCCAGUCUUGUGCUAAUACCAACCAACUCUUUAACUCAUUCAAGCUCGAAUUGUGCUGACAAUAUUCCACUCUCAUGUGAUUUAACUAUAAAAGCUGGGGAAGUCAGGCAUGUAUCAGAAAGUUCUUAUUUGGCCAAGGACUCUUCCCAAAAAUCUCAGAAUUCCACUUGUAAUCAAGCCUUCCAGGGAAAGGAUGGAAAAUUUCAUGGACCUGAAGAAACUGCAGUUGCUAUUCCUGCGAUACCUCUCACGCUGUACAUGCCUAUAAUGAAGAAUCCGCCUAGAGAUUCUGCAGAUGGCCCGUACAGGUUGCUGACGGCACCUAUUGAAGCAGUUCCAAUCUCAUACCGUCCUGCAGAACCCAUCCAACACCCACAGAGAAGUUUCAGUAAUCUAAGAACAUUGCCUGGUUUUCUACCUAAAUCGAACAAACGAGGAAAAGGUCCAAAUUCUCUGGUGCAUGCUACAGCUCUUGCUUGUGGUGCUCGUGUUGUGCCUCCUAUGGAGGCUGCUUCACUGAUCAAGGUUAUUGAGUCCAAGAUCAGGUCUGGAGGUGCAACAAUAGCAAUAUUGCCUUCAAGCAGCUUGACACCUCUAAUUCCUGAGGUUGCCUCCAUGUCAUCUUCUAGUGAAGAUGAUGAGGAAAAUGAUCACAGUGAACCCCUGAUGGAGAGUAUUGAACACAACUGCCAUGAUCAGAGCUCUGAGGAAAUGAAAUUGCAAGCUGAUCCAUCAGAGUUGGAAACUGAAACUGAGAAUUGUUCUGCGCAGCCAGAAAAUGAAAACGACGAUCCUACUCGUUUCUGACAACAUAGUACUGAAGGAUUCAAGCUGGCUGAAAUCAAAGCUCCGCAAGGUAGUGAUUUAUACUGGGGCUUCGAUUAUUUACGAAAGAUUGGAUUUAGGAUUCUAACAGCUUGUCUCACUUGAAUUAUAGAUUCUAAUUGUGUUAACUUAAAUAAUUAACUUCAAUGAAGGACUUGUAGAGCCCCGCUCCCCACCCACCCACCUUGCUGUUACAAAAUUUGUGGAUAAUAUACAUGCAUUUUUUUUAGAAAGCAAACGAA